AUGUCACUUUCACAUGCACAAAAAGUGAUUAGAUUGUACCGUAAGGGUUUGAAAUCGAUUAGAGAUUACUCUGAGGAUUACGAUUGGUUCUUGACCAACGCUCUUCAGUUGCGUAACACCUUGAAGGCCAGAAAGAAUGAAACCAACCCAUUCUUGAUUCAACAGCACAUGAAGGACUUUGAGAAGUUUGUAAACUACUGGGAGCACCCAGAUCCUUAUAUUCCAUGUGAUGCACCAGGUGGAUCAAAAUGGCAAAGAAACAUCCCACCUCCAAAAUGGGCUGUUAAUCCAAAGUCACAUUUAUUAAACGAAGAUUAA